GCAUGAAAAAUGACCCACCUCUCAACUGCAACCGCUUGGGAACUUGGAAAAAUCGGCUAAUCAGUAAUCUCUCUAAUCUUGCCCACCAAAAAAGUCUCUUUCCUUAGUUUCAAGGUAGAAAUUUGGGGGAAAAAACGUGAAAAAUGGUUGAUUGGGUUAUGAUAAACUGUCGUCUCUGACAAAAAGAUCCUGAAGAAAAAACACAAUUAAAAAGUGAAAGAUUUGCGGCUCACAACAGGCAUCUACACCCCUCCCCCUAAAAGGAAAACACUGGGGGUGUUAAGAGGGUGAAGAAUGGAUGAGUUUCCAAAAGUUUUAAGCGGGUGGAGCUGGGAGGAAAACAAGCUGUUUGAGGUGGCUCUGGCGGUGGUGGAUGAGCAACAGCCGGAUCGUUGGGAAGUGAUUGCAGCCAUGGUUGGAGGGGAAAAAAGUGCAGAAGAUGUGCAAAAACACUAUGUCGUGCUUUUGGAGGAUUUGCAGUAUAUAGAGUCGGGCAAACUUGACCAAAAACUUGGUGGUGAACCUCAAUCAGUAUGCUGGACUGAUGGAGAUAAUAAUAUUUUGGGUUCGAUUGGACAUAAACUGAUCCAUCUCCACAGCUUAGACACUGCUGGUUGCUGAUGCUGACCGCCAUAGCUUAUGUUCCAUAAGAACGCAGAGCAUUUCAACAAGCCUGGAUGUUGUUUUAAUGUUUCAUUUCUAAAGGUAUAUCUUUUUUUUUCCUAGAUGUAAUUAAUCUUUUUAUUGUCUAAAACUGAAUUUGUUUGAAAAAUUUAACUCUUUGAUUUGUUGGUAUAUUUAAA